AUGCAAACCACCAUCUACGACGCCGACGGGUCGAGCUCGGACCCCACGCGACUCACGAAGCAGGACAUCUCGCAGCGGUACGGCCUGAGCGCUCGGGAUCUCCGCGCCAUCGAUCUCCCCUCGGACGGGUUCCCGCAUAUCCUGAUCCGCGAGACGACGAUGCUCGUCCACCUGUUCAAUCUGCGGCUGCUGGUGCAGGCCGAUCAGAUGCUCUUGUUCCAUGUGGCGUACCAGGGCCAGCGGUCGUCGACGGAUAACACGACGCGCGUGUUCACGCAUGACCUGGCGGGGAAGCUGCGCGGGGACCCCGGCCGGGGCGUCUCGCUGGGACUGCCGUAUGAGCUGCGGGUGCUGGAGGCGGCGCUGGCGGCGACGACGUCGACGCUGGAGGCGGAGUAUGUGCUUGCGAAGGAGCGGGCGGUGAAGGCGCUGCGGACGCUGGAUCUGCAGAUGCUGGACAAGGAGGAGAGUGUGAUCCACUCGGAUCUGCGGGAGUUGUUGGACUUGGUGCGUCGGCUGGCGGGCAUCGAGCAGCGGGCGAGGCAUGUGCGGAGCGCGGUGCAGGAGGUGCUGAACGAGGACGAGGAUAUGGCGGCGAUGCAUCUGACGGAUAAGAAGGCGGGUCGGCCGCAUGAGCUGGAGGAUCAUCAGGAUGUGGAGUACCUGCUGGAGGCGUACUACAAGGCGAGUGACACGGUGGUGCAGGAGACGGUCAGUUUGAUGCGGAACAUUCAGCAGACGGAGCAGACCAUCCAGUCGAUUCUGGACGUGCGGCGGAAUCAGAUCAUGGUGCUCGAGGCAAAGGUCGAGAUCUGCAUGCUGGGGCUGGCGGCUGCGACGCUGGUGGCCGGCCUUUACGGCAUGAACGUGCCGAACUAUUGGGAGGAGAAGAGCUGGGCGUUUGGUCUGCUGGUCUCCUUCUGUCUGCUGGGGACGGUCUUGAUCUCGCGGUAUGGCAUGCGGCAGUUACGGCGCGUCCAGAGGGUCCAUCUAUAG